AGAGGCGCCUCCCUUCUGCCCUGCCUCCCCCAACCCCAGUAUAUAAGAGCUCUGGCACGUGCUCCGGGCUGGCCAGACGCUCGGGGAGCAGCGGGAGGGGGAGGGGGAGGCGGGCAGGAGGCUGCGGGGCCGAGACCGGGAUGGGUCUGACUGCCGCCGCCCGGAGGAGAGCCGAGGGGGACACCUUGAAAUACUUCGUGGAGGAUCCCGGCACCGGGACGCUUUACAAGCGGGGACAGCUUUUGGGACAGACCCAGAACAACCCAAGUGCUCUAGGAAGGAGGGACCAGAGGCUGCUUCUGGCUGACAAGCCCCCUUCUCUGCCUCCCCGCUCCCAGGGAGCAUUUGGACAAUGCUACACAUUUACCGACACGUCCACCAACAGAAUCUAUGCCGUGAAAGUGUUCUCUCAACAGCGAGUCGCAAGGCUGGGGAACCGAGGAAAGGUUCAACGAGAGAUCGAGCUGCACAGCCAGCUUCACCACAGGAACGUUGUGGGGUUCCACCGACAUUUCGCUGACCAGGAGAACAUUUACCUGGUGCUGGAAUACUGCAGUAGGAAGUCCCUGGCCCACAUUCUGAAGAUCCGGAGGACGCUGACGGAGCCAGAGGUGCGGUUUUACCUGAAGCAAAUCACAAGCGGCCUGCAGUACCUCCACCAGCAAGGGAUCAUCCACCGUGACCUCAAACUGAGCAAUGUGUUCAUCACCAAGCGCAUGCAGGUAAAGAUUGGCGACCUGGGCCUGGCAACGCGUGAGGAGCGGGCGUACUGGAGGAGAGGGGUAGUCUGUGGGACCCCCAAUUACCUGGCCCCCGAAGUCAUAGCUAAGAAGGGGCACUCCUUCAAGUCAGACAUUUGGGCCCUGGGCUGCAUCAUGUACACCGCCCUUGCUGGCUUCCCCCCCUUCGAGAUCACACACAAGCAGGAGCUGUUCCAGAGAAUCCAAGAGGGGUGCUACCCGCUUCCUGGCCACCUCUCCCCAGCCGCCUGCAGCCUGAUUGGGAGGCUGCUGGCUCCUGACCCAUCCGGCCGCCCCAGCCUGGAAGAAGUGCUUGGCCACCCCUUCUUCACCCAGCACUUCAUCCCGGCCAGGCUCCCCUCACGUGCUUGUCGUUCUGUCCCCAUUUUCCCUUUUGCCAACCCGCUUGGGAAAUUCUUCCAGAAAACAGCCAUGCUCCUUUUCCGGGGUGCCCCUUGCCAGGGCCCCCAGGCUGUGAGCCCUGCACCCCAAGAACAGGAGGAGACACCGCAGCUGCAAGGAGAGGGGCCUGUUGCCCCUCCCCACUUGGAAGAAGCCAAAGAGGGGAGCACAGACCCCAUGGAGGAGCCCAGCUGCCUUUCCCCCCUCUUGCUCCGGAGAGGCUCCCUGCGCAGCCGGCUGCCCGAAGAUGCUGCCUGGGGCCCCGGUAGAGUGCUGGAGAGUGUAGACCGAAGGCUGUGCCGCUGCUUGCAGAUGGCCCCCCUGGUGGAAGAGCUGCCCGAAGGCCUGCGCAAUGCCCAUCCUGCCCACAUGGCCACCAAGUGGGUGGACUACUCCAAUAAGUAUGGGUUUGGCUACCUGCUAUCCAAUGGCUCAACUGCGGUGCUGCUCCCCGAUGGGACCCACAUGGCCUUUUGCCCCCAGCACCAGCGCAUCUGCUACUGCAGUGAGGUGGAGAAGGCCGUGUCCUUUGGGUGGCGAGAGGUGCCACUUUGCUUGGCCAUGAAGAGGCGUGUCCUUCACUUCUUCACUCAGUACAUGCAGAGGUGGCUGCAGGAGGGGGGCCCACGCCAGACCAGCCCCGCCAGACCAGCGAGGGCCCUUUCCCUCCUGCAUUUUGCAAAAUCCGACAAAGCCCUCCUGAUGCUCUUCAGUGAUGGCACCCUCCAGGUGAAUUUCUACCACGACCGCACCAAGAUUGUGCUCAGCUGCUCGGCCGAAGGAGAGGACCUCUUGACCUUCGUGGACCGCCAGCGUUGCAGCACCACCUUCCUUCUGGGCACCCUGGCACGGCAGGGCUGGACGCUGCCCCUACGCAAACGGGUGCAAUACGCCCUGCACUUGCUGCACUGCCUCUAGCAGCCGCUCCCCUCCCCACCCCCACCCUGGCCCAAUUGGCCAGCCAGGGCCCAGCUCUUCUGGCCAUGACCUCCGCUGGAGGACCUGGGCGUCCUAGAGAAGGCCUUUAUGGCUCACCUUCCUUCCACGGACCCCAGGCGGCACAUGUAGGCCUCCCACAACAACCCUCCUGCGGGGCAGGCCAGCCAAGAGAGGAGCUCUGGCCCCAAUUCCCAGGCAACGUCUGUGGGCAAAAGGGGGGCAGAGCUGGGUCUCCCUCUUCUAUACCAGCAUCUUCCCCCCAAGGGUCUCUGGGUGGGAAUGGUGCCUUAGCCCCCCGGAACAGGCUGGGUGAGGGUGCAGCCCGGUGGUCUCUUCAGCUAUUGUGGGGAGGCUCUGCAAGCACAGUGGGGUGGGGCAGCCCUUGGCCAUCCGGAUCAGCCCUCGUGGCUGCUGGAGGGCAGAGUCCAAAUGGGUGGGAGUGGCUGCUUGGCUGAGAGGGCAGCAGACGGGGUUCAGACAGUCUCAGGUUUGCAGGACUGUGGGGCUACAGAAGGGCAGGAAAGCAGGGGGAUGUGUCAGAGAGAGAAGCAGGUACGUUGGGGGCAAGUGGCAUGGGAGCCCUGCAGAGAGGACAAGGCAAGGCAGGCGCAGGGAGGGAGCGUUUGGGGGGCAGGGCAGCAGAGGCUGCAGGCAGACAGUCUCUGGUGCUUGGCCCAGGGUGGAAAUCCUCAAGGCCAGCUGGCUCCCUUGGGCCAUACGGGAGUUACUUUCUCAGAGUUGGCUUGGAGCAGCCCGUAAGGGGUCCCAUGAGGUAUGGAAGGGGCCCCCUUGGCUGACUGCCAUUAGUGAGGCGAGAGGCAGCUGGGCAGGGCAGGCCCGCCUGAUUCUUUUGAAGUCUCCCAGUCACCCCAGGGGGCCCGAGACAUGUUUCCUUGGCAGUGCCAACAUUAUUAUUUAUUAAAUGCAUGUGUGCCAAAUC